GGGCGGGGCGGGGCGGGGCGGGGGGCCGGCCCGCGGCCGACGUGGGUGUUAAGCGGCCGCCCGGGCCGCGGAGGCAGCGUCGAGAGCCCGCGCCUGACCCCGAGCGGGACGCGGCCAGCUGGCGUGGCGAGAGGCCUGGAUCGUUCCGUGUCGUCAGUGUGAAUUCAACCCCUUCAGAUAAGCCAAACUUAAACACCGUGAAUCCCACGAGGGACGACUUACAGAAUCGUUAGGAUACCAAACGACGGCGAGGACUAAAACUCAAAAGGGAUAUGAGACACCUGUCAUAAGUUCCAGAGAGUUGCCUUCCACGGAGCCCAGCAGAGGAGUGGGCGAACAUGAAGCCCAAUCCUGCUAUCCAAGCUGCCAUUGACCUCACAGCAGGGGCUGCAGGGGGCACAGCAUGUGUACUGACUGGGCAGCCCUUUGACACACUGAAAGUGAAGAUGCAGACAUUCCCCGACCUGUACAGGGGCCUCACCGACUGCUGCCUGAAGACAUACUCACAGGUGGGCUUCCGGGGCUUCUACAAGGGGACCAGCCCAGCGUUGAUUGCCAAUAUCGCCGAGAACUCUGUCCUCUUCAUGUGCUACGGCUUCUGCCAACAGGUGGUGCGGAAAGUGGUUGGAUUGGAAAAGCAGGCCAAGCUGAGUGAUCUGCAGAAUGCAGCUGCUGGUUCCUUUGCCUCUGCCUUUGCUGCUCUGGUACUCUGCCCCACUGAGCUUGUGAAGUGCCGGCUGCAGACCAUGCAUGAGAUGGCAUCGUCGGGAAAGAUAGCCAACAGCCAGAACACCGUCUGGUCUGUGGUGAAGACUGUCCUCAGGAAGGACGGCCCCUUGGGCUUCUACCAUGGCCUCUCCAGCACUCUACUCCGAGAAGUGCCCGGCUAUUUCUUCUUCUUUGGAGGCUACGAGCUGAGCAGGUCGUUUUUUGCAUCAGGGAAAUCCAAGGAUGAACUAGGCCCUGUCCCUUUGAUGUUAAGUGGUGGAGUUGGUGGAGUCUGCCUCUGGCUUGCUGUUUACCCAGUGGAUUGCGUCAAAUCCAGAAUUCAGGUUCUUUCCAUGUCUGGAAAACAGGCAGGAUUUAUUGGAACCUUUAUAAGCAUUGUGAAAAAUGAAGGAAUAACAGCCUUAUAUUCUGGACUGAAGCCUACUAUGAUUCGAGCGUUCCCUGCCAACGGGGCACUGUUUUUGGCCUAUGAAUACAGCAGGAAGCUGAUGAUGAGCCAGUUUGAAGCCUACUGAAGUGUCCUAGUGAACUGAAUUCCAAGCAUAGGCAUUUGAGGACUACAGUUCAUCUCAGGGUUUCAUGGAGUACAAGACCAAUGUGGAAUUAGUUUGAUUUCAUAUGAAUUUUGAUUUUUUUUUUUUUUUUUUUGGUCUUCCCUUAUUCUACCCUAAAUCUUAAACUUUAUGUAAGGGGCUCUAUUUUAUAUUCUAUAAUUUCUGUCUGUAAUUGUAUUGAAAUAGAAAAGUUGCUGCACUUGUCCUUGGUGGGACAUUGAGAGUGAGCUGCUGGCCCUAAUGAUAAUCUGAAAGGCUAAAUAUAGUUCUGUCAGGGCUUUGGCAUAAACCUGUAUGUUUCCAUGCAGUUUGGAUGGUUACAUGUUGUUAGUAAAGCACAAUUUGGUUCCAUGUUUAAUCUCAGAUCUCACUAGUAAACUCAGAAGUAAUCAUGUUUCAUGGAGAUGACUGUAAAUGAUUACUUAACUCAUUCUAGAUGUAGGGUCUCCUAAAAUGUGCUUAGUACAUGUACUGCACUAAGUGGCUAAAGUUUUUUAGUUUUUCUGUGGUGCUUGAAAACUAAAAUAUCCAUGUAGAUUUUGUAGAGGAGAACACACCUGUGUACCGGUAUGGCUUCCAUGUUAUGAUUUAAGUUGAGAGUAAGCACCUUGGAUUUUCCCAAGAUGUCCUACUGUUAAAAUAGUGCCAUUCAUUUUCUAGAUGGGAUCAUGUUCUACACCUGUUGCAUGUCAGGUGUGGCUAGAGCAGCACGACCUUUACCUGUGGCAGCUUCCCUUUUCUCCCAAAGAACUUCCCCUCUGCUGGGCUGCUUUAGGUUGAGGGGAAGGCUGGAGGGGAAGGGAUGAUACUACUAUGCUUUGUGAAGACCUCUGCCUGGUGGUAGCCCUUAGUUUCUGGCUCUGGGUCCUGGUCUGAGUAGGAUUCCAGAGUAUUUCUUUGGACCGUCUCCGGGCUGUUGAUCCACUCUGGACUACUCACUGCCUCCACAAUCAGAUACCCUUCCAGGGAGCAGAGUGCCAAAGCUGAGAAGCCCUUGUUCCCUGUCUGGUGCCUGAAUGACAGCACUUGUGGGCAAAGUCCUCCUCUGAUGGAACUGGACAGAGCAUAGUGCUUGUCCUCCACAGUGAGUGAUGUUGGGGCUGACCCUUAAGUUUAUCUUGUGAUCCAUAACGGCUUGCCGUGUUUCCUAUAGUGCUGGAGCCUUUUACAUUUGGUACUGGCAGUCCGUGGAUUUUCAUGAUGAUUGCAUACAGGGGGUGACUUCAUAAAGUAAUGAAAUAAGCAGUGAUUUUAUUAAGCUAUGGCAUAUGUAUGCACUAACAGCAACCACAAGAUCCCAGGUCACCUGGUGUAAGAGGAUCCUUCCUGUCACCACUUAGGUAAGCCUCCUCAUUCCAUGCUGCUCGAAGACCAGCAAGGGCUUCCUCAGUAACAAGUGUUCUUAAGUAGCCUAUAAGGCUGAAAGCAAGCAGGCUGACCCUGCUAAUGUCUGUCCCGUGUGUCUGUCAUUGUUGGCACAGUGUUAAGCCUUGAGUGAAAUCUCUGGUUCCCUUCAGCUUUUUGUUCUCUGCGGAGCCCCUGUGCUAACUCUAGCCAUGUGCCAAAAGCAGGACGGUCCGGGAAGUGAGCUGCUGAUGGUCCGGAGCAGUGGCUGGUCUGCCCUCUGCUUUUUCCUUGAAAGAAAACCAUUUUUCUACCUUUUCUUUCCAUUCUUAAAUAGUAGCUACUGAGUGGUGCUUCAUCUGGACAGGCCUGGACUGAAGCAAAAGAGAAAAUGGAGCUGGCUUCCAGCAGGAAGUGAAUUACUUCAGAAUCUGUGAGCCUCUGCCUGGUGCCUGUGAGCCCAUCUGAGUAAGGCCCGUUGGCAGGGGACCUUCUCAUAUGCUAUCCUUUAAAGUUUUAACUAAAUAUCUGUAAUAGCAACAAUCUGAGGCAAGUAAAAGGAAUAGUAAGGAAUGAAAUCUGAAUCAAGGGAAUUACUGUUUUUUUAUUGUUUGCUUAAUUCAUGGUUUGGUAUUUGGAUACGAUUUGUAUGUUUUGGCUCUGUACUCCAGACAAAAACAGUAACUUGAAAUCGUGUCUAAAGCAAUUCUGUUCUGUCAUUAAAUUAUUUACCUAAUAUUUGAGUAUAUGAUGAGUUGUUUUAAGUACUUGACAUGCUAGGAACCAACUGUCCAGAAUGUUUCAGUUAUGUAUAGUAAUAUUUCAGGGUGGUGGUUUUAUUGCAGUGAGCAUUCUUUUUGUUAAGAUUUAUUUGAGAGAGAGUGUAAGCGCACAUGCAGAGGGAGAGGGAGAAGCAGACUGAGCAGGGAGCCCGAUGUGAGGCUCUAUCCCAGGACUCUGGGACCAUGACCUGAGCCAAAGGCAGAUGCCCAACCACUGAACCACCCAGGCGCCCCUGAGCAUUGUUUUUUCGUCAGCAGUAUUCCUGAUGUAAAAUAAUUUCACUGCAAGUAAAGUGACAAAUGUGUUUUUAAAUAUACACUACAAUUGUGAAA